GGAAGUAUGACGUAACGUUUAUUUUGGAAACACGGAGUCGGGACAGAGGUGACGGAAAAAAUGGAGCAAAGCGUUGAGGACUACAAGUUGAUAUUUGAGAAGGAGGGAGUGUACCUUCACACAAAUGCGAAGAGGAGUAACCAGGACACCACCAUCCCAGGGUUCAUCCGCAUUGUUGAGCGGGCUGGGGUUCCAGCUUUAGAGUGGAGUCCACUAGAGGAUGAGGGUCGCACUGCCCCUGCUGUACUCUACACCAAAAAGGAUGGAGAAGGAGGAGAGGAGGAUACAAACUUUGACCCUGGGUAUGAGCCAGACUGGGCAGUUAUCAGCACAGUGAAGAAAGAUCGAGAACACGUUCCAGUCAAAGAUUCAGGUCAGUGGUCGUUCUCUCUGCCUCUGUCAGAGUUAUACUCUCUCCGGAGGGCUCGCUUUUCUUUGGGGCGAAACUUCCUGGUGCUGACAAGUAGAGGGGGCCACCCACUGCCUCCUCUGCACUUCCACAGAGGAGGAACCAGGGAGCUGUUUCGGGCCCUGCAACGUUACAUCAUCCUGGACCAGUCACCGGUUGACGGGCGGCUCUUCCUUGCCUACCCUCAUGACUCAGGCGCACUCUCUCAGUCCUUUGAUAAGCUGCAGCUGCUUGAUGAUGGCAGCUCAGAUCUUGUUUCGAGAUUUAUCCAGGACCCAUAUGCCACUACAUUUGGUGGUUUCUCCAAAGUCACCAAUUUCUUCAGGGCGGCGCUUCGACCUCCAGGGUCCCCCAGCCACAUGCGUACCACACAGGAUCCUGGCUUGCCCCCACAGUCCGAUGAUGAGCCUGGAUUCGAACUCAUCACCUGUGGGGUAGAGCUUGGUCCCAGACCAGACGUGACCAGAGGACAACCUCUGAGCAACUGGGAAGAGUUUCUGGAUCCAGAGGGCCGAGUGAAGAACCCAGAGAGAGUCAAAGAGCUCGUAUUCAGAGGGGGCGUCACACCGUCCCUGAGGAAGGAGGUCUGGAAGUUCCUCCUGGGCUUUUAUCCAUGGAACAGCACUUUCAAGGAAAGAGAGGACAUUCUGCGUGUCAAAACGGAUGAGUACUUCAGGAUGAAGGUGCAGUGGAAGUCCGUCAGUGAAGAGCAGGAGAUGAGGAACUCCCUCCUCAGGGGAUACAGAAGUCUGAUAGAGAGAGAUGUCAGCAGGACAGACAGACACAAUACGUUCUUCUCUGGGAACGACAAUCCAGGACUGACUCUGCUGCAUGAUGUGCUGAUGACAUACUGCAUGUACAACUUUGAUCUGGGUUAUGUCCAGGGGAUGAGUGAUCUCCUUUCUCCUCUCCUGUUCGUCACCCAGAACGAGGUGGAGUCCUUCUGGUGCCUGACGGGCUUCAUGGAGCUGGUGCACCAGAACUUUGAAGAGUCUCAGGAGGCCAUGAAGCAGCAGCUCCUUCAGCUCAGUAUCCUGCUGAAAGCUCUGGACCCAGAGCUAUGUGACUUCCUGGACUCUCAGGACAGCGGCUCUCUGUGCUUCUGUUUCCGCUGGCUGCUCAUCUGGUUUAAGAGAGAGUUUUCCUUUGAGGAUAUUCUCACCAUGUGGGAGGUCCUCUGGACUCGUCUGCCAUGCGACAACUUCCACCUGCUGAUCGCCUGUUCAAUCCUGGAGUCCCAGAGAGGAGAGCUGAUUGGCUCAGACCACGACUUUAACACCAUUCUGAAGCACAUUAAUGAGUUGACAAUGAAGUUGGACCUGCAGAGUACUCUGCGAGGAGCAGAGGCCAUCUACCUGCAGCUGACUCAGUGCAAGGAGCUUCCCCUCAAGGUGCAGCAGGUCCUGGGUCUCUACAGCCCCUCCAGCUCUGAGGAGGACAGCCCAGACUCUCAGGCCAGCGAGACACAACGCCUCGUCUGUGAGUCCCUGGCAGGAGCUGCUGCAUCGAAUUCCGCACGCGGUCCCACCUAUCCUUAAAUGUGCAGGUGUCUGUGUGAGGUGAAUGGCUGAGGGGAAAAUAGGACCUCUGUUCUCCACUGUCCCGGGAAAUGAGCUGGAAAAUGAGGGGCGGGGGAGCCACACCUCCUUCUCAAGACCUCUUUUGGCUCGUCACUGUCUCUUUCCUCCCUCCGUCCAUGUUGUUUGAAUACAGCUGCGACGUAUGAAUUUAGCAGGGUGCUUAAACAGGCCCGCGGUCUGUCACCCUGUUUCUCUCUGCCCCUUCCUCCCUCCGUCCACCCCAACCUGACCUCACUUGACUGGCAGAGCCAAACUUACUCAGCCCUUCAUUCAAACUCAAUCUGCUUUCAGUCCCUCUCAAAGCCUGUUUUAUAGGCGAUGGCCUUGUCGACAGCUUUAAACCCCAUAUUCUCUCACUAAUGCUACAAUCGACUAAGUGUUCGAGGAUUAGGGUCUCUUCAUGUUGUCAUUAUGCUGGGCGUCUUAGAAGAGCUGUUAUCUGCACUCGAUGAUGUGGAUGAAUCACUACCCCUUCAGAAUGUGAGAUCUUAGCGCCGCUGGGUUUGUUUAUAAAAGUACAACACUACAUUUCAAGUCUGCUUUGUGUGGUGAUGUUACAGGUGUCGUUCCUGUAAUUUUUUUCGUUCUAAGAAUUUUUGGUUCUAAAUAAGUUCUGAGAAUGGUACAAUGCAACCAGUGCAGUAUUUUUGUAACAUUCUCAGCAGCAAGUUUUCUUUUAGUUCCCAGAACGUUCUACUUAAAGUUAGUGUAACAUUCUCUAUUAACACUAAAAAAAUGCUUCAAAAGUAUCACACUAAAUUCCAUUUUCACUAUAAAAAGGUCUGUAAUCUCAGGCCUUAAUAACAUGUUCUGAAUGUUGCUUUGAAGAUGUUCUUCCUUUGUCCUCAUGUUACAUUGUAGGAACAUUUUAUAAUAGAAUAUUCUAUGAUCUGUCACCUUUCAACCUGACCAAAACAUCCUUAGAAUGAUGCAAUUAUAACAUUAUGUCUUAGUCAGCAUUGAACCUUAUAGGGACAUUAUUUGAAAUGAUAAACAUCCUUAAAUGUUCUUUGAACAUUCUAUUAAAACCUUUUCUUUAAAACAUUAUUGCAACUUGUAGGUAAUGUUAGCCAAUGUUUUGCUAGCUGGGAUAGUUACUAGAUGUCCCCCUUGUUUUACACUGUAUUUGAUUGUGCUUAAUUUAAUUUAAACACUCAUCAACGUUAUGCAGAGAAGUAUUAAUGACUGCAUCCACUUAUUCUUAUCUGCAGUUCAUCCACCUUUUCAGCUGUUACAACUUUAUAAAGAUAUUUUAAAGGAGAAUGAUUGUUCUCUAACCAGUAAGAUUAUCUGUAAACAGCAGUCCUCACUCAUGUAAUCAUAGAGUCUAGCAAAAAGUUUACAUAAUUGCCACUUAUACAUGCAACCGCUUAAAUAAAGAGUUUAAGCUACUACCUUCAGGACGAAGGUAUGGAUACACCACGGAAAGGUCAAAUGCACUUACCAAAAACAUGCUGUCAUUAUCUUUUUUUAAAAUAUAAUUAGUACUUGCAGUAUUAAAUUGUAUUCAUUCUAAUGUGUGUUACUUUUUUAAAUUAUCUUUUUUUUAACUGAAUUCUGUCUUUUUAAUAAUCCAUUUAACUGAUGGAUGAGUCUGUCAUUGAUGCCCUGCAAGCCAAAUUUUCAGUUAACUGUGAACUGUUCCAGUAAAGUCAAUAUUUGUGCAUAUAAAUGUCAAAUCAGAUCAUGAAAACAUGAAUUCAUAAUG